CUCUCGCUCAGUGGUUCUCACCCCUCUAAUAAUGGAAGUAUUGAACACUCAAGACUUAAGAUGAUACAAAGACAAAGAUAAGCGUUGUGUGGUCAAAUCUUGAACAUGCAACUUCGACCAAAGGUAAACGCAUUUCUAUUGAAUUGAAAGUUUCCAAUUCUACCAGAGUCUCCGGUCAAAAUUAAUCUCAUACGUUUUUUUUCCAAUAAAACAGCAAGCUUCGACGACUAUUGCACAAUUUUUUUAAAGCUGCCCACACAAAUCUUCAUCUUCUUCUCUUAUAACGAACCAAAACCUCAAAAUCCAUAGACUCUUCUUCCUCUAUAGCUCUGUCUGAAUUCCCAAAAAAAGUCAACUUUUCUGUCGCAAUACCAUUAAGAGGAGUGACCAUACACAAAAAGGGUGGGAGACUUAUCUCUUCAAAAAUGGAACCAAAGUCUUGAUAUCUUGUAGAUCUACAUAUCAAGAAACACAAGUCUAACCAUCAGAACACCAAUGAAGACUAUCUUUAUGUUGGCCUUCUUCUUCCUCCUCCUUCUCAUGGUGGAAGCCAUAGGCGAGAACGAGAAAGGUUGCGCAAGAUUCACCUGCGGAAACCUCGACUUCCAGUUCCCUUUCUUUAGCACAGACAUGCCGUCUCGAUGCGGUCUGUUCAUGAUGAAUUGUAGCGUUCACGAGAUUCCAGAGAUACAGCUUGAGGAAAAAGGGAAAUGGUAUAAAGUCAAGAGUGUCUCUCAAGCCAACACCAUAACCGUCACCGACCCAAGGCUUAACCAAAGCUUGGAAACAGGAUCUUGCAGUGACUUGUCAAGCUUCUCUCUUCCAGAUUCUCCAUGGCUCGAGAUGAAAACUUUGUACAAAUGCAACAACAGUAGGAUUAGGAAGAAUGGUUUUGCUUAUGCGAAUUGCAGAGGAGGAGGAGGAGGAAGCAGCUUGUACUACUCAGAUUUGGGAGAUAAAACAGGGUGUUCAGCUUUCAACACUCCAGAGAGCUGGGUGAUUCCAAGAAACAAGAACCAUUCUAAUGUAAAUGCUACCUUCUCUCUCCAUCUAAAGCUGCCUCGAGGCUGCUUUCGCUGCCAUCGCCAAGGCGGAGAAUGUAGGAUGAAUAAAGACAAGUUUCGCUGCGUUGGAGCGACCAAAGAACCAAAAGACUACCACAAAGAGAAGUUAAAGCUAGGACUAGGAAUCGGAGGAUCUGUCAUCUUUAUAAUCAUAUUGGUCGCACUCUUCAUCAUUAUCCAUAGGAUUUGCAGAAAGAAAACUGGUUUGGACCUCAUCUCUAGAGACAACUCGGACGUCGAGUUUAGUCAUGUCUUCUUUAAAAUACCAAUCUUCUCCUAUAAAGAACUUCAAGAAGCAACAGACAACUUCAGUAAAGACAGGUUACUAGGAGAUGGAGGCUUUGGCACUGUGUAUUACGGAAAAGUGCGUGACGGAAGAGAAGUUGCAGUGAAGCGUCUCUAUGAGCACAAUUACAGAAGGCUUGAGCAAUUCAUGAACGAGAUAGAAAUCCUCACACGUCUCCAUCAUAAGAACCUAGUCUCCCUCUACGGAUGCACUUCACGCCGCAGCCGAGAACUUCUCCUUGUCUACGAGUUUGUACCAAACGGCACAGUUGCAGAUCAUCUCUUUGGUGAAAACCCAACAAACCAAGGCUACUUAACUUGGUCAAUGCGCAUGAGCAUCGCCAUAGAAACAGCUAGUGCUUUGGCUUACCUUCACGCUUCAGAUAUCAUACACCGAGAUGUCAAGACUACAAACAUUCUCCUCGACGGGAACUUCGGAGUCAAAGUUGCGGAUUUCGGGCUAUCGAGGUUGCACCCGAGUGAUGUAACUCAUGUUUCAACUGCUCCACAGGGUACUCCGGGAUAUGUGGAUCCUGAGUAUCACCGGUGCUAUCAUCUAACAGAUAAGAGUGAUGUAUACAGCUUUGGAGUGGUUCUUGUUGAGCUGAUAUCGUCCAAGCCUGCAGUUGAUAUAAGCAGGUGCAAGAGUGAGAUCAAUCUAUCAAGCUUAGCUGUAAACAAGAUACAGAACCACGCGACCCACGAGCUGAUUGAUCAGAGUCUUGGAUACGGAACGAAUGAAGGAGUUAGAAAAAUGACUACAAUGGUGGCAGAGUUGGCUUUUCAGUGCUUGCAGCAAGACAGUACAAUGAGACCGACAAUGGAACAAGUUGUGCAAGAGCUAAAGGGAAUCCAGAGUGAGGAGCAAAAAUGUCAAUACUACAAUUGCAAAGAAGAGACAUUAACUCCACAUCCUUCUCCACCGGAUUGGGGCGAGGCUUCGCUAAUAAAGAAUAUGAAAUUCCCACGUUCACCGAUCUCUGUGACAGACCAAUGGACCAGUAAAUCAACCACACCGAAUACUAGUGCCUACGACUGCUGAGACCCCAUCAGGUGUUAGUUUCUUCUCAUUUGUGUCAAAGGAAAGAUAUAAGGUGAGGCAUAAGAGUUGUAAAGCUGUAGGUACGGAGAUAAUGCACAUAGUGACAUAACUUGCACUACCAACCACCAAUUUUCAAUGUCUAGUUUUGUUUAUCAUACUCAAUACAUGUAACUGUAUGUAAUAUA